UGUACUGAGUAAGGAGAGCAACUCUCUGGUCUUCCAGCCGCGCAGCAUGUGAACUGACGCUCGAUGUGAAGUCAAGUCGAAAACGAUGGAAAUGUAGCAUUUUGUAGCUCCCGGAGUUUUCUGUUUUGCUCGAAUGCAGCAACGCUUGAAUGCUGACCGUAAAAAGAAGAGUUCGGGAUCGUUUUUCUCUGACGAAUGGGACCGUAAGUGUUUUCACCGGACUGGGAGUGAGAAUGGACUGCUUGGAGUCACUUACAAAGACCAUGAAGAAGUCAUGACACAGCGGACGUUCAACUUCGUUUUUUCUUAGUAAAAGAGACCAGAUACGACAAGGGUCUCGUCGUCGUGUUUAGCUAAAGCAACAAAAGAAGAGUUGCGGCAUUUUGUGAAGCUUUUUUUGUUACUUUUGACCGUUUUCAACUCGCCCUACUUGGAUCAAAGUUUUUCUUUCCCUCCCCCCUCCUCCUCAACUAUGGCGUCGGCCAGGUCCACCACUGGCUCUGUGUUACUGCGGAUCAUGUGGCUGCUGUGCGGGUUGUCCUUGCCCGGUUCUGCUCAGCAUUACAACAGUGAGAGUGGAAUAUCUGUUCCAGAACACGGAUUUUGUCAGCCCAUCUCUAUUCCCCUUUGCACCGACAUCGCCUACAACCAGACCAUCAUGCCUAACCUACUGGGCCACACAAACCAGGAGGACGCCGGCCUCGAGGUACACCAGUUCUACCCCCUUGUGAAAGUCCAGUGCUCUGCCGAUCUAAAGUUCUUUCUCUGUUCAAUGUAUGCGCCGGUCUGCACAGUGCUGGAGCAGGCCAUACCCCCUUGUCGGUCACUGUGUGAGCGUGCAAGGCAAGGAUGCGAAGCCUUGAUGAAUAAAUUUGGCUUCCAGUGGCCGGAGCGGCUUCGGUGUGAGGCUUUCCCUGUCCACGGAGCUGGUGAGAUCUGUGUCGGUCAGAACACAUCCGAGCCCAGCAGUCCGGUCUCAUCGUCUUCUCCGUAUGCACCCGGCCCCGUGACCCUCCCCCCAAACAUUGGCCCACCAAACCCACGCCCGGCUCAGAACAACCCGUACCCCCAGUUCUCCUGCCCUCUACAACUGGAGGUCCCUCCCUAUCUGGGCUACCGUUUCAUGGGUGUCAAAGACUGUGGAGCACCAUGUGAGCCCACCAAACCCACUGGGAUAAUGUAUUUCAGGGAGGAUGAAGUGAAAUUCGGCCGACUGUGGGUUGGGAUCUGGUCCAUCUUAUGCUGUGUGAGCACACUGUUCACGGUCCUGACCUAUUUAGUGGACAUGAGGCGGUUCAGAUACCCCGAGAGACCCAUUAUCUUCUUAUCAGGGUGUUACUUUAUGGUUGCAGUAGCUUACGCUGCAGGAUUUUUCUUGGAGGACAAAGUUGUCUGCGUGGAUAAAUUCAAGGAUGAUGGCUACAGGACUGUGGCUCAGGGUACUAAAAAGGAGGGCUGCACAAUCCUGUUCAUGGUGCUGUACUUUUUUGGCAUGGCCAGCUCCAUCUGGUGGGUGAUUUUGUCUCUGACUUGGUUCCUCUCUGCCGGGAUGAAAUGGGGCCAUGAGGCAAUAGAAGCUAACUCUCAGUACUUUCACCUAGCUGCAUGGGCUGUCCCAGCCAUUAAAACCAUCACCAUUCUUGCCAUGGGUCAAGUGGAUGGCGACGUACUGACAGGGGUUUGUUUCGUUGGGAUUUUUAACGUGGACUCACUUCGUGGCUUCGUCCUGGCUCCGCUUUUUGUCUACCUGUUCAUCGGUACUUCCUUCCUCCUUGCUGGCUUUGUGUCCCUCUUUCGGAUCCGCACCAUCAUGAAGCACGACGGCACCAAGACGGAGAAACUAGAGAAGCUGAUGGUGCGCAUCGGCGUGUUCAGCGUGCUUUACACGGUACCGGCCACUAUAGUGAUCGCCUGCUACUUUUACGAGCAGGCCUUCAGGGAGCACUGGGAGCGGACCUGGCACAUGCAAACCUGCAAGCGGUUUGCGGUUCCUUGUCCGGUUCACAACUUCGCCCCAAUGACCCCGGACUUUACAGUGUUCAUGAUCAAAUACCUGAUGACCAUGAUAGUCGGGAUCACGUCGGGUUUCUGGGUCUGGUCUGGGAAAACUCUUCAAUCGUGGCGCAGGUUCUACAAGCGCCUUAGCAACGGUAACCACGGAGAGACAACCGUCUGAAGUUCAAAGGAUAAAAAGGUACAAAGCCACGGAGUUUUGGGUACAAAAACCUUGUAAACGAGGUCUAUAGCUUUCAUUUUUUAAAUCAUCAUGGACAUCUUUUUUUAGUUGGAUUUUGAAAAAAAUAAUUCUGGUUGUGACAGCAUUUCAGACUUUGGACUAACAACUGAAUUCUUUAAUUCAGUCUUGGACUGCCCACACUUCUUGCUUUUUCAUUUGUGGGUAAAAAAAAAUGGUAUGAAUUGCCAUACUGGCUCAGGACUGAAAAGCCAACGCUGGUGAUGUUAAUUUGUUACUUUUGAUAUGAAACUGCCUACAUUUAUUCUUUAAUACUAUACUUUGAAUGUACUUCCAUUCACUUCUUGUAAGAACCUCUGUGGGUGGGGUGGGGAUGAAAUGGUGCAUAUGACACUGCUGCAGCAAAAAAAAAAAAAGUCCCUGACUGUUGAUUCCUUUUGUAAGGGUCACCAAGAAUAUACAUUUAACUUUAGGUUACUCUGGUUUUCACUAAAUACUUCAAUAGUGUUCCAGUUGCAGUAACAGUCUCAUCUAUUAGCAAUAAUUAAUGGCUCCUGUGCCGAGCUGAUACCCAGAAAAGGAUUUUUUUUAAAUUUCAGAUUGCUCCUUUAUUGAAUGCUCUCUCCAAAGGUGAAUGAAGUUGAUUUUUGGUUUGCACAGCCAUCCUACAAACAAGUGAAACUUUUUGAUUCAACACAAAAUGACCUGUUUUAACAGUGAGGCCACACACACACACUCAUAGACCCUCUCUGCAUUGAAGAACAGCCGCUCAUUGUUUGUCUCUGUGUGUGGUCCCUAAAAUGUUGGAUCCCUCAUCAAAAAGACACUCAGGCUUUUGAGACAUCCACUGCACCGUUUCAAGGAUCCAGAUUUAAUCCACGUAGGAUGAAGGUGGUUGUUUGGGAUUGUUAAAGUUAUUUUAUCCUGUAGAGAGAUGACUGUACACUUUAAUGCCUGUAUUCUACUACCCUUUCAUUUCACUUUGUUUUUCAAAGCGGACUGAACAUUUUAAAGUUUGUAAUUUUUAUGUUUCUAGAUACAUGGUUUGUGUGUUAUGUUCUAAAUCAUGAAAAAUCAGGAAGAAGGUUAAAGGUCAUGUCUGAGUAAGGUUAUUUUACUUUGAGAGAGUAGAGGGCAGACUAUGCAGUAUAAAGUAAAGGUGGAGUGUCUUAUCUAGGAUCUAGUACCGAACACUAUAACAAAAAUUGUGCUUCUUUGUAAAAAUGAACAUUUUCUUAUCUGUUGUUACAGAGUACAAUUGUUUCAUAUAAUUGAGAAUGGUUUUAUAAAACACUUUUUAAAAGUUAA